GUGCGGGCGCGGCCGGGGCUGCGGCUUCAGGGUGUGACUGACAGCCACUCCAGGAAUCAUGGCCAAGUUUGCCCUGAACCAGAGCCUGCCCGACCUGGGUGGCCCUCGCUUGUGCCCGGGCCCCAGCGGGGGAGCACGAAGCCCGAGCUCGCCCUACUCAGUGGAGACGCCCUAUGGCUUCCACCUGGACUUGGACUUCCUCAAGUACGUCGAGGAGCUGGAACGCGGCCCUGCUGCCCGCCGCGCCCCGGGACCCCCACCUCCACGCCGCCCCCGCGUGCCCAGGUCCGGCCUCGCAGGUGCGCCCAGCCCAGGGGCCUGGACAUCCAGCGAGUCUCUUGCCAGUGACGACGGUGGGGCUCCAGGGGCACUCUCCCCGGGCGCGACCCCGGGGCUCCUGAGGCCACAGCUGUCGCCGCGCGCGCCCGUGCGCAACCCGCGCGUCGAACACACGCUCCUGGAGACCAGUCGGCGGCUGGAGCUGGCGCAGGCGCAUGAGCGCGCGCCCAGCCCUUCCCGCGGGGCCCUACGGAGCCCACGCGGGUCCGGCCUCAGCAGCCCCGCUCCCAGCCCCGCCCCCAACCCGGCCCUCGCCUCGCCGGGCCCCGCUCAACUGCAGCUGGUGCGCGAGCAGAUGGCCGCGGCGCUGCGGCGCCUGCGCGAGCUCGAGGAGCAAGCGCGCGCUCUGCCCGAGCUGCAGGAGCAGGUGCGCUUGCUGCGCGCGGAGAAGGCUCGGCUGCUGGCCGCGCGAGGGCAGCUGGAGCCGGAUGCGGAGGCCGAAGCGCGUCCAGACAAGCUGGCCCAGCUCCGGCGGCUCACUGAGCGCCUGGCCACCUCCGAUCGAGGCGUCCGCGCCAGAGCCGGCCCCAGGGCAGACUGCCCCGACGGCUUGGCAGCGGGACGCAGCGAGGGGGCUCUCCAGGCUCUCGACCGGGCGGCCGGAAUCCCCGAUGGGGAGCCCCACACCCGGGAAGCAGGCACCGAGGCCGUGCCCGAGACCCAAGAGGCGAGUGCCCAGGCUGCGUGGGAGACCCGGGAGGCCAGCGUGGAGGCGGCCCCUGAGACCGUGGAGGCGGACGCAUGGGUGACCGAGGCGUUGCUGGGGCUGCCCGCGGCUGCCGAGCGCGAGCUGGAGAUGCUGCACGCCAGCCUGGAGCACCAGCGCGGGGUGAGCGAGCUCCUGCGGGACCGGCUGCGGCAGCUGGAGGAAGCCCGCGAGGCUGCAGAGCAAGCGGCGGCCGCGGAGUCCCAGCCGCGCGAAGCCGCCACCCAGACCCCCUGGAGCAGUGCUGAGAAGGCCACGCAGACCGAGGCCCCAGCCGAGGCCCCUUCCCUGACUCAGGAGAACCCCCCGGGACCCACAGAUGGAGACAGGGCCGUGGCUCCUGCAGGCAUCCUCAAAUCCAUCAUGAAGAGGAGAGACGGGACCCCUGGCGCCCAGCCCAGCCAGGGGCCCAAGAGCCUGCAGUUUGUCGGGGUCCUCAACGGAGAGUACGAGAGUUCGUCCAGUGAGGAGGACAGCGACAGUGAGGACGGCGGCGCAGCCGAGCCCUUGGGGAGCAGCUCCUCCGGCUCCGGCUCCGGGGAUGACAGCGGCGGGGCGGCCGAUCCCGGGCCCCCGGGGCCUCCCAGCGGCGAGGACACCCAGGGCUUGGAGCCUGAGCCCGAGGCCGAGGCCGAGGCCGAGGCGACUCAGCCUGGGGCGCAAGGGAGGUGCGAGUUGAGUCCGCGUUUGCGCGAAGCGUGCGCCGCGCUGCAGAAGCAGCUGAGCCGACCGCGUGGGGUCGCCCGCGACGGCGGCGCGGCGCGCCUGGUGGCCCAGGUGUCCAGCCAGCGGCGCUCCCAGGCGGAGCCCGUGGCCGGGGUGCUGCGAGGGCUGGCGCACCUGGGAGCCGAGCUGCUAGCGCACGUGGUGAACCUGGCGGACGGCAACGGGAACACAGCGCUGCACUACAGCGUGUCCCAUGGGAACCUGGCCAUCUCCAAUCUGCUGCUGGAUACGGGGGUCUGUGAAGUCAACCGCCAGAACCGAGCCGGCUACUCGGCCCUCAUGCUGGCUGCGCUCACCUCUGUGGGGCGGCCGGAGGACAUGGCUGUGGUCCAGAGACUCUUCCGCAUGGGGGACGUGAACGCCAAGGCCAGCCAGACAGGGCAGACGGCCCUCAUGCUGGCCAUCAGCCACGGCCGCCAGGACACGGUGGCAGCCCUGCUGGAGUGUGGGGCGGACGUGAACGCGCAGGACGCAGACGGGGCCACGGCGCUGAUGUGCGCCAGCGAGUAUGGACGCCUGGACACCGUCCGGCUGCUGCUGGCCCAGCCAGGCUGUGACCCUGCCAUCCUGGACAACGAGGGCACGAGUGCCCUGGCCAUAGCUCUGGAGGCCGAGCAGGAUGAGGUGGCCGCCCUGCUACAUGCACACCUGAGCUCAGGCCAGCCCAGUCCCCAGAGCCAGUCACCCCUGGACUCCUCCACGGCCACCCCCGGGGAAGGAGGAGGCGGCGACAGCGAAGGGGACCCCCAGCCUCAGUGAGCUGAGCUGGACCUGGGUGCAGGGAGAUCUCUCCCCCCCCAGCCUCGCUCUGCAACGCAGCAGGGACCAGGGACCCAUACAGCCCUGCUCUGCCCAUCCCCCACGUUCUUUCCCAAUAAAACGUUGCUGGA